AUGGCCGCUCACACAGAAGAGCCGCAGAAGCAGGCGCCGCCGCCCGAAGCAACCCAGUCUUCCUUCCGCGACGCCUUCACCUCCCGCCGAUCCCUCCGACAGUUCGGCUUGUUCUUCGCAGGCGCCACAUUCUUCACUGGUGCCCAGCUGCUCACCCGACGCGCUCUCGCCCGCCGCUUCAAGCUGCCAAAGCCCCCGUUCUACCAUCCCAGCACCGAGCCCUACCCGGCCAACGCGAAUGGGGCCAUGUACGCACUGGAAGCGUUUAAUUUGGCCACCGUAAACGUCGUUAGCGCAGCCAUCAUGCUGACCGGUGGCGCCAUGUGGGCUACCAACAUUAGCACAGUGGAGGAGUUAAGAGCCAAGACCAGGCACAGGGUCGGCACUGGCGACGAAAAGAAGUCAAACGAAGAAAUAGAGGAGUGGAUUGCUGAGGUACUGGCCCGCAAGGACAUGAAGGAGGCCGUAAAGUCUGCUACCGGCUUGAAGCUGGACGAAUUCCUCGCCCAACAUCAAGCCAAGGCCACUGAGAACGAGCAGACCAAUUGA